GAAUGGCAGGGGCUCUGCAGGGCCAGAGCGCGUCCUCGGGCAGCUCGGAGAUCAAAUCCGACGACGAAGCCGACGAGAACCUGCAGGAGCCCAAAGGGGCCGAGGAGAAGAAGCUGGAAGAGGAGAAGAAGGAGCUCAAAUCCAUAACUAGGUCAAGAUCUAGCAAUAACGACGACGAGGACCUGACCCCAGAGCAGAAAGCCGAGCGGGAGAAAGAACGACGAAUGGCCAACAACGCCCGCGAGCGUCUCCGGGUUCGAGACAUCAACGAGGCCUUCAAGGAGCUGGGCAGGAUGGUCCAACUGCACCUGAAGAGCGAUAAACCACAGACCAAGCUGUUGAUUCUUCACCAAGCUGUGGCUGUCAUCCUCAGCUUGGAGCAGCAGGUCCGAGGUUGGUCCUGGAGAUCAUAAGGGGGUUGGUGGUGGUGGGUGUGGUGGUU